AUGGAGAGCGUUUACAACGAGACCCAAAAUCUCCACCAGGACCAUCGGGACCGGCUCCAGGUGGUCACAGCGGGAGCGGACAGCCCCGGGCCUGGUGGAGGUGUCAGCCUUCGCGCGCUGACGGGCUGCGUCCUGUGCGUCCUGAUCGUCUCUACCCUGCUGGGUAAUACUCUGGUAUGCGCCGCGGUCAUCAAGUUCCGCCACCUGCGCUCCAAAGUUACCAACUCCUUCGUCAUCUCUCUGGCGGUGUCCGACCUGUUCGUGGCCGUGCUGGUGAUGCCAUGGAGAGCGGUGUCCGAGGUCGCCGGCAUCUGGCUCUUCGGCCGCUUCUGUGACACCUGGGUCGCCUUCGACAUCAUGUGUUCCACCGCGUCCAUCCUCAACCUGUGCAUCAUUAGCAUGGACCGCUACUGGGCCAUCUCCAGCCCGUUCAAGUACGAGCGCAAGAUGACGCGCAGGUUCGCCUUCCUGAUGAUCGGUGUCGCUUGGACUCUCUCCAUCCUCAUCUCCUUCAUCCCAGUGCAGCUCAACUGGCACCGCGCGGACGCGGACAACCUGACGGCGGACAACCCGGACGACUGCAACGCCAGCCUGAACCGGACUUACGCCAUCUCCUCGUCCCUCAUAAGCUUCUACAUCCCCGUGGUGAUCAUGGUGGGGACGUAUACGCGCAUUUUCCGCAUCGCGCAAACCCAGAUCAGACGGAUCUCUUCUCUGGAGAGGGCGGCGGGGUCCCGUGCGCAAAACCACCGCCACCGCUCGUCAACGCACGACGAAAGUUCGCUCAAAACAUCUUUUAAGAGAGAAACGAAAGUUUUAAAGACUCUGUCCAUCAUCAUGGGGGUGUUCGUGUUCUGCUGGCUGCCGUUCUUCGUCCUGAACUGUGUGGUUCCUUUCUGUCACCUGGACAAAGUCGGAGAGCCGUGCGUCAGCGACACCACCUUCAGCAUCUUCGUGUGGUUCGGCUGGGCGAACUCCUCUCUGAACCCGGUCAUCUACGCCUUCAACGCCGACUUCAGGAAGGCAUUCUCCACCAUCCUGGGCUGCAACAAAUACUGCUCCAGCUCCACGGUGGAGACGGUGGACUUCAGCAACGAGCUGGUGUCCUAUCACCACGACACCACCAUGCAGAAGGAGGCCUGCGCCAUGCUGGGGCCCGGGGCGCAGAGGCUCGCCACCUGCAUGCCACCGCCGCCGCCGCCGCCCCCCCACACAGGAGGAAGAGACCUGGAGCAGAACUUCGACAAAGUUUCUGUGAUUUCAGACGAAUCCCGGAACCACAGGAACCCGCUGCUUCCCGCCAUCCUGCAGUAUGAGUGCGAGGCAGAGAUCUCUUUAGACAUGAUGCCCUUCAACUCGUCCGGACCCACAGACUGUUACGUGAUCCCGGGUCAAAUCCAGGACCUGUGA